AUGGCGGCACUCCUUUCCCCUAUCAACAAGCUCCGCGGGAAACCGAAUCCAUACCAGAAAAAAUACACCGCUCCCAAGACCCCGGCCCCAAACAGUGAAUUCCUAGCCGAAGCCCGUCAAGCAGCUGGCCGUGAUCCCGUGACCGGAACCCAACAGCACACACAUCCAGAACCCACGAGCGCCGACCUCCUAGCUGAAGCCCGUGAGGCAGCUGGUCGCAACCCCGUGACCGGCCGCCCACAGCCCGUUGUCAACGGCAAGAAAGCGAAGAAGCAGAAAUUGUCGUUGGGACAACAGCAACAGGCGGCUGAAGAACAGAAAGCCGCGUUCCUUGCUUGGGCGGCAAGACAUCCACAGGAGGGCGGGCGGCCGUAUGAGAGCUACGAGGCUUUUGUGCAGGAGAUGGUGGCGAAGCGGACGGGGAGUUUGGAGCAGCGGACGGGCGCGGGAUAUUAUGCGCCUGAGAGGAGUGUAGGGGAGUAUUAUUCGGGUCGGGUGAGGGAUUAG